UCAUCUACAAAUAACUGAGUUGAUGUGAUCUUCUCCAUAUCUUCUCACUAGCUAGUGCAAGCAAAUUGAAAUUAAUUAAGCAUGGACGUUUUGAUCUUGUCAGUUACAAUAUCUUGCGGUUUUGUAGCUCUUAUAUAUCUAUGGAAAGUAUUAAAUUGGGUGUGGCUUACGCCCAGAAAUCUCGAAAAAAUCCUCCGGCAGCAGGGCUUCAACGGCAAUUCUUACAAGCUUUUCUAUGGAGAUUUCAAAGAAAUCGAGAGGAUCACCGAAGAUGCCAUGUCCAAACCCAUGGAAUUUACCAAUGAUAUUGAGCCUAGAGCUACUCCCAUCUUCCACCAAGCUACCAAAAAUUAUGGUGAGAAUAACUUCGUUUGGUUGGGGCCAAGGCCUGCAGUAAGCAUCACUGACCCUGAAAUAGUAAGAGAGAUCUUCGCGAAAAACUACGUAUUCCUGAAGCCUUCUGGCAAUCCUGUUGCUAGAAUGUUCAAAGGAGUAGCAACAUACGAGACAGACAAAUGGGCCAAGCACAGGAAGCUAAUCAAUCCCACCUUCCACGUCGAGAAGCUAAAGCAUAUGAUUCCAGCGUUCCACUUGAGCUGUGCUGAUAUGCUGAGCAAGUGGGAUGAGAUCGUGCCGGAAGGCGGAUCGUGUGAAGUGGACGUGUGGCCCCAUCUACAGACAAUGACGAGCGACGUGAUCUCGAGAACUGCGUUCGGGAGCAGCUACGAGGAAGGAACCAAGAUAUUCCAGCUGCAGAGAGAGCAGGCGGAGGGCAUCAUCGAGGCGACCCGCCAUGUAUCCAUCCCUGGGUGGAGCUUUCUUCCCACCAAAAAGAAUCGAAGGAUGAAGAAAAUCGUGGCCGAGAUCGAAUCGCUAGUGCUCGGCAUCAUCGACAAGAGGAUGAAAGCGAUGGAAGCAGGGGAAGCCAGCAUGGAUGACUUGUUGGGAAUAUUAUUGGAAUCCAACGCCAAAGAGAUGAAAGAGAAUGGAAAUGCAUCAGGAAUGACCAUCAAGGAAGUGAUGGAGGAGUGCAAGGUCUUCUACUUUGCAGGACAGGAGACCUCCGCGUCUCUGCUGGUUUGGACAAUGAUCCUUCUGAGCAAGCACCACGAUUGGCAAGCCCGUGCCAGGGAUGAGGUCUUGCAAGCUUUCGGGAGAGACAAACCCGACUAUCAAGACCUAAAUCACCUCAAAACUAUGAACAUGAUCCUCCACGAGGCUCUGAGGGUGUACACACCGGGAGCGACGCUUACUAGGUUUACUCACGAGGAGGCGAAUUUUGGGAAGUUUACUAUACCGGCGGGGGUGCAGCUUGUGCUGCCGUUGCUAGCGCUGCACCACGACAGCCGGCUGUGGGGGGACGACGCAGCCAGCUUCAAGCCGGAGAGGUUCGCGGAAGGGGUGUCGAAGGCGACGCGAGGGCAGCCUAAGUAUAUUCCGUUCGGGUCGGGGCCGAGGGUUUGCAUUGGGCAGAAUUUUGCUAUGUUGGAAGUGAAGAUGGCGAUGGUUAUGAUUCUGCAGAAUUAUUCGUUCAAGCUGUCGCCGUCGUACGCGCAUGCUCCGCACGCGCUCAUCACUCUCCAGCCUCAAUACGGAGCGCAUUUGAUUCUUACUAAACUUUAAGACUUCAUUAAUUAAUUACAUAUGGUUGAAUUUCCGUUUCUUGUUUAUUUUGUUUUUAGUUAUAGUGAUUUGUAUUUUUGUACUUGUGGAACCUCAUCAUGUGGAUUUCAGUUUAAUGAUCUGUUUGUGAUAAUUAAGUCCAAAAGAAUUGUGCACGGGCUCUAAUAGUAAUCAAUAUAAUUCAAUGAAAAUU